GCACGAGGAAGCGUUGGUUACAGCGGCUGAUUGGCCGGGGCCAAGACUGUGAAAGGAUAAAGAGGCGCGAGGCGGAAUUGGGGUCUGCUCUAAGCUGCAGCAAGAGAAACGGUGUGUGAGGGGAAGAGGCCGCGUUCGCUCCGGGGUCUCUGGUUCUUGCACGCUCUUUAAGAGUCUGCACUGGAGGAACUCUACCACUACCAGCUCCCUUCCUGCAGAAGGGAGGGGAAAACAUACAUUUAUUCAUGCCAGUCUGUUGCAUGAAGGCUUUUUGGCUUCCUACCUUGCAACAAAAUAAUUACACAAACUCCUUAGUGCCGAUUCCGCCCACAGAGUAUUGGAGCCAGUCUCUUUUUUGCUUUGCAUUGUGAGAGAGGCACUAAGUGAUACAGACGAUGUCGCUUUCCUGAGCUCCCGAGAGCGCUAAGUGAACUGGAAUCAACUGCUUCAGGGGAAGGAGGAGAGAGGAGGGGGAAAAAAAGGACUUGCCUGGGAGGCGGCGAGAAACUUGCAUUGGAAGCUUCAGCAACCAGCGUUCAAGAAACUCCUCUCCACUUUAGCACGGUCUCCAGACUCGGAGCCAAGAGACAGAGCAAACUGCGGCGUGGUGAGAGAGAGCGAGAGGGAGGGAGAGGCUCACCAGCCUGGGAACUAUAACUCCUCUCUGCAAGAGGCGCAGGACUCCUUCCCCUCCGCUUUUGGAGACUUUGCUCUCGCCCGCCGCCACCUCCGCCCGCCCCGGCCGGGAGCGGAGGGGCCCGCUCGGCCGCCGCGGGCGUCCUCCCGCUCGGCGUGCGCUCGGCCGGGAGGGCCCGGCGAUCGUGCCGCCGCCGCCGCCGCGAGGCUGUGAGCGCGCGUGGGCGCCCGCCGCGCCGGGGCCAUGGUGCAGCAAACCAACAACGCCGAGAACACGGAAGCGCUGCUGGCUGGCGAGAGCUCGGACUCGGGCGCCGGCCUGGAGCUGGGCAUCGCCUCGUCCCCGACGCCCGGCUCCACCGCCUCCACGGGCGGCAAGGCCGACGACCCGAGCUGGUGCAAGACGCCCAGCGGGCACAUCAAGCGGCCCAUGAACGCCUUCAUGGUGUGGUCGCAGAUCGAGCGGCGCAAGAUCAUGGAGCAGUCGCCCGACAUGCACAACGCCGAGAUCUCCAAGCGGCUGGGCAAGCGCUGGAAGCUGCUCAAAGACACCGACAAGAUCCCUUUCAUCCGGGAGGCGGAGCGGCUGCGCCUCAAGCACAUGGCUGACUACCCCGACUACAAGUACCGGCCCAGGAAGAAGGUGAAGUCCGGCAACAACGCGGGCGCCGGCUCCUCGGCCGCCGCCGCCGCCUCCAAGCCGGGGGAGAAGGGCGACAAGGUCGGUGGCAGCGGCGGGGGCGGCCACGGGGGCGGCGGCGGCGGGAGCGGCGGCGGCGGCGCGGGGGGCGGAGGCGGCGGCGCGAGCGGCGGCGGCGGCGCCAACUCCAAACCGGCGCAGAAGAAGAGCUGCGGCUCCAAGGCGGCGGGCGGCGGGGGCGGCAAGCCGCACGCCAAGCUCAUCCUCACGGGCGGCGGCGGCGGCGGCGGGAAGGCGGCGGCCGCCUCGUCCUUCGCGGCGGCGGAGCAGGCGGGGGCCGCCGCCCUGCUGCCCCUGGGCGCCGCGGCCGCCGACCACCACGCGCUGUACAAGGCGCGGACUCCCGGCGCCGCGGCCUGUGCGGCGGGCUCGGCCCCCGCCUCGCUGGCCGCCGCCGCGGCGGGCAAGCCCCCGGCCGAGAAGAAGGUGAAGCGGGUCUACCUGUUCGGCGGCCUGAGCGCGGCGGCGGCGGCGGGGUCGCCCGCGGGCGUGGGCGCGGCGGCCGCCGCCGACCCCAGCGACCCCCUGGGCCUGUACGAGGAGGGCGGCCCGGGCUGCGCGCCCGACGGCCCGAGCCUCAGCGGCCGCAGCAGCGCCGCCUCGUCGCCCGCCGCCGGCCGCUCGCCCGCCGACCACCGCGGCUACGCCAGCCUGCGCGCCGCCUCGCCCGCGCCGUCCAGCGCGCCCUCGCACGCGUCCUCGUCCGCCUCGUCCUCCUCCCACUCGUCCUCGGCCUCCUCCUCCGCCGGCUCCUCGGCCUCCGACGACGAGUUCGAGGACGACCUGCUCGACCUGAACCCCAGCUCAAACUUUGAGAGCAUGUCCCUGGGCAGCUUCAGCUCGUCGUCGGCGCUCGACCGGGACCUGGACUUCGCCCUGGAGCCCGGCUCGGGCUCGCACUUCGAGUUUCCGGACUACUGCACGCCCGAGGUCAGCGAGAUGAUCUCGGGGGACUGGCUCGAGUCCAGCAUCUCCAACCUGGUCUUCACCUACUAGCGGCGGCGCGCGCCGGAGAGGUGGGCCGGGGCGACCGAGGGAGGAGGAGAGGAAAGAAAAAAAAAAAAAAGGUGGACAGAGAGAGAGAGAAAGUUAGGAAGAGAAAAAGGGGACGGGAAACAAGAAAAAAAGGAAAAGAAAAAGAAAAAAAAAGAGUGAUGAGCGCGG